AAAAGACCAGGGAAAACACUGCAGGAAGUUUGGAGUUGGAGCUUCCAGUGUAGUGCGCAUGGGCAGUGAGUGUGUGGUCUCUGAGCAGAGUCCAGGGGUCGUUGUGGAGCAGACAUGAGUCUUCCUCCAGGACCAGGUUCAGGAUCGUCACUGCAGGUCCACGUGGUCCGACUGGGCCCCGGUCAGGACCUGUUUGGGUUCCUGCAGGCGUUUGUCCAGGAGCGGCGUCUUUCAGCACCGUUUGUCCUCAGCUGUGUUGGCAGUGUUACCAAGGCAACGCUGCGUCUGGCCAACGCCACGGCCACAGACCAGGACCAGGUGAUGCAUCUGAGCGGGCCACAUGAGAUCGUGUCUCUGGUGGGGACGCUGAACCCACCCCCCCACCUCCACGUCUGCCUGUCCGACGCCGAGGGCCGUACGGUGGGGGGGCACGUCCUGGGCCCCCUGGAGGUCUUCACCACGGCCGAGGUGGUGGUGGGUGAAGCCGUGGAGCUGAGCUUCAGCAGAGAGUUGGACGACCAGACGGGCUUCGCUGAGCUGGUGGUGGGGAGACGACUGAGGGGUCAGGGUCAGGGGUCAGAGGUCAGGGGCUCUGAGUGAUUAACAAGAGAAGUAAAUAAAAGAGAAAAGUGAUUUGA